ACGUAAAGUAUGAAAUAUACGUUGCAUAUUUUUACAAUCGAGUGUAAUUUGUGGCUUUUGUAGUAAUUUUACUUUCCUUUCUGAUUUCCUUAUUUUAAGCAAUCGAUAAGUAAUGUGUGCUUAGUAGAGUAGUUUACUGACAAUAAGCAAACAAGUUAACCUUAAAAUAGAAACUUAACCUCAAAACGCAUGAAGUUUUUUCGUAUCCUUCACAUCGUCAUAUAACUUCAAGGUUGAAGGCAAUUAUUAUCCAUUAACCGGUGAAAUUACUCCAAAAAAAUAUCUUUACGAAAAAAUAUUAGUAGCUGUCACGAUGGCAGACGUACGCGAUAUUCUGGAUAUUGAGGUACCGACGAUUACGGAACUUACGAAAGAGUCAAUAUUGGGUAGCGAUAAAAAGAAUCGUAAGCGCUAUGACUACAAUAAAAUGCCAAAACGUCCUGAGGGCAUGCACCGUGAAGUGUUUGCCCUCCUUUGUAAGGAUAACAACGAUGUACCGCCUUUGUUUCCAACUGACACCGCAAAGGGAUACAAGCAGGUGAGAGCCAAACUUGGUAUGAAGAAAGUCAGACCAUGGAAAUGGGCACCAUUUACCAAUCCAGCACGUACAGACGGUGCGAUUUUUCAUCACUGGCGUCGUGUUGCUGAUGCUGGAAAAGAGUAUCCCUUUGCAAAGUUCAAUAAAAAAGUUCCUAUCCCUACAUACACAAAUACUGAAUAUGUACAACAUUUAGUGGCCAACGGCUGGACACGAGCGGAGACUGAUCAUCUGUUUGAUUUGUGCAGAAGAUUUGAUCUUAGGUUUAUUAUCAUCAGAGAUAGAUGGGAUCGCGCCAAGUUCCCUGCUAGAUCCGUAGAAGACUUAAAAGAAAGGUACUAUCAGGUAUGUGCUGCAUUGAUAAAGGCAAAAUCCCAUACUGACAAGGUAUAUAUCUUUGAUGCUGAACACGAGAAGCGCAGAAAGGAACAGUUGAAAAAAUUGUUUGAACGUACUCCUGAACAAGUAGAGGAAGAACAAACUCUACUUGCUGAAUUACGCAAGAUUGAGCAAAGAAAAAAAGAGAGAGAUAGAAAGACGCAAGAUUUACAGAAAUUAAUUACAGCGGCUGAUCAUCAAGCAGAUCCUAGGAAGAGUGAAAGAAAAUCUUCCAAAAAGAGUAGCAGUUCGUCUAGGAAUAGACCGAAUAAAACUGAUACUUCUCAUGCAGUAGAGUCAGCUGGAAUUAAAUUCCCCGAUUUUAAGAAUAGCGGCGUUACUCUUCGUUCUCAAAGAAUCAAAUUACCAAGUCUCGGUCAAAAGAAAAUGAAGGGCAUUGAACAAAUGCUAAAUGAGUUACGUUUAGAAUUAAAUCCACCACCGACGGAGCAAAUAUGUCAGCAAUUUAAUGAACUGCGCAGCGAUAUAGUUUUGCAUUAUGAAUUGAGAAGUGCGUUAUCAACAUGCGAUUAUGAAUUACAAUCUUUAAGGCAUCAAUACGAAGCGCUAGUACCAGGAAAGACUUUAACAAUACCACCAGCACUCCUACCAAAAACAGAACCGGAAGUUAAACAGGAGAUUAUUGAUGUGGUAGGAUCGCCCAGUACGCCCAGUAUUACUCAUUAAUUUAAAAUAAUCUAUAUGUAAAAUAGAGAUUAAUCAAAUAUACUUUGUAUAUAUUGUUCUUUUAAUUAUCGUUAUGCCGAUUUUCAUACUGAAAGUUAUUGACCAUGCAGCAG